CUCAAACUAAGGGGUUAUGUCGACAUCUCGAUGCUGUGCAUCGAAUUGGAUUACUACGUAUCAGUAUUAUGAAGUCUCGCCGAACGAUACAUUACUUGGCACGGCUUUUCGGCAGGAUGGCAGCUGGAAAGGUCUACAGUAAGAUGGACCUAUUUGCAGAGUUGCAAGUUCCUUCACCAAUACUGUCGAGGCCUAAAGAGGUAUGUCAGCCUCUCCUGGAACCAAUAUUUGGUCACACAAGGUACGAGAGAGAUUCGACCUGUCUUCGCCUUUCUCAUCCCCACGUUUCUCGGUGACUAUUUGCAUCCCCACAUCAAGGGAUUUCUCGGGUAUUUGGAUCAAGACGGCCCCAGAUUCUCGAGUAAUUGUUCCGGCACCGUGCCGCGCGUCUUCAACCGCCAUGUAUUACGAUCGACCUAAC